AUGGUGUUUAGACGAUUUUGGAUUCUGAUGUUCAUUAUGGCCGUGUUCGGCUCCGGUUUCUGCGUCCUGGAAGUGUGGAAAGCUUACGAGUCUAGUUUCACUAAAACCAUAAUUUUGUCUACGUCAUUCCCGUAUGCCCACACGCCGUUUCCGUCCGUGACCGUAUGCGAAGCGAGCAGAGUACACAACACCAUAAUCAAAAGUCUGUAUGUCUAUAGUCAUAAAGCGUCGCUAUAAUAUUAUUAUUAUAAUCGCCAUCAACAUUACUCCGUGUCAACAGGUUUCAAAACGCUUCUGGCCGGCCGGGUUCCUACGAAGAAGCUCUGUUCAACAUGAUGACACUUUUGGCCACCAUUCGUUUACCCCUGUUUGGCCGAUUUGGUCAAAUGAAAAAAUGGAAAGCGCAUUUCGAUGAACUCAACAAACUCAACAUCAGCGAUGUGCUUUUGCAGGUAUACGUCAUCAAAAUAAAUUAUCGUAUUGGGAUGUUGCCUAUUUAUCGAAUCUAUAGGUUACAAAAAAAAAAAAAAUCACCCAAAAGUAAUAAUAAUUAUAUUAAAACUUAAGGUUAGGUUAGAUUAGGCUAACCCAUGUUUCGAGAAAAUUUUAACCGCUUUGUGAAACGAUAUUGAGAUUAGGUAACCUUUGAGCCGUUUGAAUUUGAGCACUUCUAUAAAUGCACAUUAUUAAAUGUUAUUCACUAUAAUAAUAUAUUGUAUUCAUAUUUUUAUUGGAAAUGUGUUAUAGUCGUGUGUGUGGUAGAGGGGGGUGCGGGUCACUUCAUUAGUUAGUCUAGUCCUACGUAAAAAUUCAACCAAAUCGAUCUCGAAAUCCGAUACUAUAUUAAGUAUCGAAGAUAGAAAUAUUGCCCUUUUUUAAUUUAUUAAAAAUAAUGUUUUUUAUCGAUUUAACAUGGAUAUUUCAGAUUUUAAUAUAAUGGUUUAAGUUAUGCUAUUGUUUUUACCACCCUAUAUAUAUCUAUAUAUAUAUAUAUAAAAAAAUACAAUACAUACUUUCAAUUAAAUAUAUAAUUUUAGCGUUUUGUUUUCUCUCUUUCACGGUCCGAGUCAAACAAAUUUAAAACAGGUAUGUAAAUAAAAUGAAAAUAUACUUUAGUAAAAUGCUGGUAUAAUAUAGUGACAAUAUCAUUGGGAAUGCGUUUUGAUUGUUUGAUCUGUAAUUCGUAUUAUUAAAAAAUAAUUGUUUGAAUUUCCUUCACGCGUCAUUAAAAAAAUAAUAAUAAUAAAAAUCAUCAACAGUAGUGUAACAUUAUAACAAUUAAUUCUAAUACAAUAUUAGGAUUAUGAUGACUCAUUUAUAGCUAUGUAUUUAUAUUAAAGUACAUGCAGGUACAUCUCAAGCACACGAAUAACGUGUUUGCAUGAUAUCCAUGCGUAAACACAAUAAUAUCGCGUAUAUCGUUUGAAUCCUAAAAUGUGUUUUCAGGAAGUCGUAAAACAUAUUAUAAACACGUAUAUAUAAUAAUCAUAUAUUAAUGAUAAUAUUAUUAUUUGCAGGCGGUCCGUCCUUGCGACGACAUAUUCGACUCGCCGUGCUGGUGGCGCAAUCGUUUCUACAACUGUUGCGAACUGUUCGAACUCCAAAAAACCUGCUACGGGUAUUGUUACAGUUUCAAUUCGGACGUGUCCGAGUACAGUAGACAGUAUGUCGUCGUUAUUUGAAUUACCCAUAUCAUAUAUUAUUGUCGUUGACUAGAUUUUCAAAACGUAAUGUCAUAAAUAAUAUAGGCUGCCCCGUUUAUACAAUAUAUAUUAUACAGGCUGUCCCACGAAGAUAUACCCCUAGAAUAUUUCCAGAGAUAAUAAAGAUAAUCAAAUUCUGUUCCUUUUUUUAUGACUUACAGGGAAGAGAACUACAGAUAUUUAUAUUUGAGUUGAUUUUGUUUUUUUUAUUUAUUUAAAACAUUAAGAAAAUAACUUUUUAUUUUAUUAAUUUUGGGAAAUUUUAAGAUGGCCAUUCUAUAAAGAUUAUUUUUCUAAAUAUUUUAAUGUAUUACACAUUUAUAUCCGAUAAAUAGACUCUAAGUAACAGUCGUUUUAAAUUCUACUAACCCGUGUGAAAACCGAUGUUAUCGCUUAACACAGUUAGGCCUGUUCUCACUAACGUAAAUGUUAAUUUUUAAACAGAGUUUAUAAAGUAAUCGACCUAUCGUGGUCGGUUAUUAGCCAUAAAUUCAGUUUAAGAAUCAGAUAAACGCCUUUUUUUACGUUGGUGAGAACGACCCUUUCCGGAUUAUUCCAUAGAUAACAUCGGUUUUUACACAGAUUAGUAGAAUUUAAAAUGGCUCUUACUGAAAAAUUACUUAUCAGAUAUAAAUGUGUGAUACAUUAAAAUGUUCAGAAAAAUAAUCUUUACAGAAUCGCUAUCUCGAAAUUUCCCGAAAAUAAUAAAAUAAAAAGUUAUUUUCUUAAUAAAAAAAAAAAAAAAAAUUAACUAAAAUAUAAAUAUUUCCUCUUCCCUGUGAGUAGUACAAAAAAAAAUACACAGAAUUAUCUCCGGUGAUAUUCAAGGGUUAUAUCUUCGUGAGACAACCUGUAUAUAUUAUAUAUAUAACCCAGUGGUGUAACUAGAACUUCUAAUACUCAUGGCAAAAUAUUGUAAAAUGGCCAAUAAGAAAGAAAAAAAUAAAAGGCCCUCAUAUGUCCAAUAAUGAAUUGGGCCCUGAUUUGGGCCCUUGAAUGUCAUAAGCCCGUGGUUUAUUGCCCGUCAUAUCAUCCCCUAUCGCUACGCAACUGAUAAAAUCAUAAAUAGUUAAUUAUACCAAUCGAUCGAACAAAUCUCGAGCGAAACGUAUUUUUUCUGAGACUGAGACAAAAAUCAUCAAAUACCUACCUCAAAACAAAAUCGAACCGUUUCAAACGAAUUAAUAAUAAUAUCGUUAUCAUUGUCCGAAAUUGGGGGAACUGAGGGACAUUAACCUCACGAAAUUCGGCCGAGCCUCCCAAAGCAAGUUCUCAUCAAAUUAUUACACUAAAUACACGUUUAUUAUUUAGUCGAUAUUAUGAAUAAUUUAAGCAAAAAACUGCUUCGCUAAUCCAAAAAUGAAAUUGAACAAUCAGUAUCGUAUUAUUAUGUCCGUGAAACAAUUUUACAGUCAGGCGGUCAGUGGCGUAGCCAGCGGGCAUAAUUCUGGUAAGUCCAGACCUAACCAAUUUUUUCUAAAAGUAUAUGUUUAAGAAUACAAUAAAGUUAAAAUAAAAAAUUAUUAGUAGUCUUUUGCAUACAAACACAUCGGGCCAAUCCAACUAACAAAUUCUAGCUGUUUUCGCCAGUUAUCAAUGCUUACGGUUAUUUCUAAAACGUCUACAUAAAUUUCCCUACCAGUAUUACUUUAUUUGAAACAAUUUGUCUAAAUAUUUCUGACAAUUUUUCUAAAAAAAAAAUAAAGCUGACAACAAAUCGUCAAUACACCGAAAAAUCUAUAGCACGCAGACAUAAUAAAACUUUGAACCUAAAAGGAUUGAUGGGACUAAAGAGCUAAAACACUAACAUGUAUGCUAAUUAGUUGACCUGUUAUCUAUAUCCAUUAUCUAUGAACUACUAUUACUGAACCCUUCAUUUAAUUGACAGAGCUCUAUACGUAUAUGGUAUACUAUAAUAACUAUUAUUAUUAACAUUUCAAAGUUUUUCGCAACUAAAUGACUUAACAAUGUUUAAUAAAAAUAAUACAUUUUGUCUCAAUCAUAUUAUUAGGAUAAUAUAUUAUAAUAAGUUAUAAGCUGUGUUGGCCACUUUUAGAUUCUGAGCAGAGAGAGGAAUAUAUUGGUUUUACAACGAUGUUUUUUUUUUAUCUGUGAACAACUUUUCUACUAGCAAUUUUGAUUUGAUUUACCAUUGCUGACAAAAAAACGAUUCUGUUCGGUUAUAAAUAUUUUGAAAUAUUACCAUCGCUUUUACGAAAUUCGUCGAAGUUAGAUUCGAAUAUGCAUAUGAAAAAACUAUUACCUAUAUUAUGUUGAAAUAUUAUUUAUUUUUUUAAAGUUAAACUUUUAAUAAAACUCGUAUUAAAUUUGUCAAUCAUUUCUGUUUCGACAAACAAUUUUUAUAAGUUUCCGACUAAAUCUCGGAGCUGACUUAUUAAAUUACAAUAUUAUGGGAGCGCAUACUUGAAAUUAGGUCUUUUCCCCCUUAGUUAAUGAUUACUACUAUAAUAUUAUAACUAUAUAUAUAUUAUACAAAGUUGUCAUACCUAUGUAGCAAGUCAACAUCAGAUCCCCACUUGGAAUAAUUAUUGUUUGUGUGCGGCUAGCCUUUGGAUAUUGCAAGAACGUUUUAUAUGAAUUUCGUGCACUAUAUAAUGCUUACUUGCAUAAACUUGCGUUCACCGAGACGGGAGAAAGGGGCAGUAAUGUUUACACUCGUGAGUAAACAUUGCGUAUAAAAGCAGAACUUUUAAUAAAAUAUUUAUUUUUUCGUCAGAAAUACUUAAUAUAAUAUGUACUACUUUUACUAUAUAUGUGCUUUUCAUCCUUCAUUUCUUUCAAGAAUUUUCGUUUAGUUUUCCGUCAUUUGAAUCGAUAACAAAAUAUUUCUCUGUAUAUAAUAAUAUAGUCCUACACUUUAAACGUAGAGUUUUCAUUUUAAUAUUUUUCCCCGCUAAUCCCACAUCACAAACAUAUCGUUCGUAUUUGUUCUGAUUUUUUUUAAUAUUUAAUAUUCGUAAACCCGAAAUCCUGCUCUGAAUUGCAGUUUUUACCACCUUCACGCCUUGCGAUCAUCGUCGUUGGUAUUGUUUACUUUAAUUUGUGUUUUUUCCAGAAAAACGUUGUUUUAUGGAAUGUACGGAGACAACAAAGAUUUCUGGUUGGACGAUAAAGGAUUAGCGAGGCCAAAGAGAACCGGCGGUUACGGUCCAUGGUCAGGAUUAAGGUUUUCCAUGCGUGCCCAAAAGAUUGCGCCGUACGUCGACACUAAUCCCGGAAUUGUGGUAUAAAAUAUACUUACAUAUUAUCAGUAUUAUUAAACAGUUUGUCGGUAUAUCUAUAAACUUAUAUAAUAUCAAUUUGGGUUUAAAGGUGACUUCACACUGCUCCCUAACCGUGAACCGUGAUUUUCGGAAAACAAAUUUAGCGCUUUGAUUGGCUGAAUCUUGUGAUUUCUAAGUAGUUAACCACAAUAUUUAUAAGUAAAUACUAUGUUAUAUUGUAGAGACGAGAAAAUAGAAUCCAAUCCUACUCAAGUCAAAUGUUUACAAUUAUAUGGUUAUUGAUUAUAUAUAGGUAUUAUAUUAUUUGAAUCUUUAGGAUCUUUUAAAUCCACAUAUUUAAACAAUUUUAGGAGGAUUGGAGGAUAAUCAUUGAUACUAGUUAUAUUAAUUUCUUGGUCGGUUCUCGGCGGUUUCCUAGAUAACCCGGGAGGUCUGCUUUCCCUCCCGGGUUCUUUAGAAGGUAUCGGCCUCUCGUGGCGUUAGGUACUAAUAGUGGUACGGACUUCCCCGCGUCGUAAUCCGGCAUGUACAAAUUCUCGUUAGGUGGGCGAGUACCGAUAUUUUCCCACCGAGGUUAUAUCCGGUGAGAGAUCAGGACUACGGGCCCACCUCUCCACGUGUUCGUUUCGGGGGUCUCCUAGCGUUCCGAUCGUUAGGUCACAGCAUGGGAUGUUCUCGGGUGACCCACUUACCUCUGGCAACGGAGAUUGUGUUAACAAACGCGUGUCGGUAGACAUCCGGCUGCCUUCGGUGCGGACUGAUCAUCUGCUUUGUCGGUGGCCGGGCGUCCGGAUACGUUCAACUUUUGGCAUUUAUGAAAAAUAGUUCGGAUGGUCUUCGAAGCCCCGGCAUCGACCCAUUUUCUGCACCGAACGGAGACCCGGGUGUCGGCUGCGGUUUUGUGCCUUGGUCGGUGCCUAGUGGUUAGCUUCGAACGGGCUUAUGAGUUUUGGUGAGCAGUUUUUCAUUAAGCCAGUGGCCACCUACCAAACGGCGGCCUUAUCGUAGGCAGACGGUAGACGAAUUAAGUAGCGGUUGAACGAGCCUCUCCAUAGCGUGUGGGGCCAUGAUCUUUCCGGGUCUCUUAAAUAGCUACCUUUGGCUAAUAUAAGUUACCCGAUUGUACCGCGCUUAGGCGCGGAUUAAAAAUCGGGUCCACUGAUACUAGUGGUACUCGUCGACUCGACUAGUCUGAUAAAAACUACUCGUAUUGUCUGAUGAAAAAUAAUCAUACUAACAAAUAAAAAUGAAACUAUUUUCAUGAAAUGUUCGAACAUUUUCGGUUGACGACAAAUUCACCGCCAUUAUUUUUCGAACUCGCUUCAUUAUCAUUUUUCGAACAAAUACCAUUCGCCGCAUUCAUUAUAAUACUGUGAUACGAUGUAAUUUUAUUUUAUACACCCUCCCCCUCCUCUUCCUCUCCAAUACGAAUGGACGUGAGUACAAAAUGCAAUACUUGUAAUAUUUCAAUAAUCAUGGUUGUACCUCAAUUUAUUGAUAUUUUCAUCACAUGUGUACCUCGGCCACUUAGAAACACGCUUGAUUAUUUACCACGACAACCCUGACCGUCAUUAGACUGUAAGCCCAUUGUUCUAUGAAUAUAAAAUAAUAUUACAAUAUAAUGUAUAGUAUUAUAGUUAUUAUAAUUCAACCUCAGAAACCUCGCGUCAAGUAUUCGUAGGUGAAGUUUUUUCUGGUGGCGCGCGCGGUCUAGUUAAAAUAUAACAACAGACGGAUAUCAUUUUUUAUCGCUAUCUAUACUUUUAUAUUAUAUUGUAUAGCAUAUACCAGUAGAUAAUAUCACAACUCAACAACGAGUUGUACACAUACGUAGUAUUUAUUUUUGAAAUUAUAUUGUGAAAUACCUAUAAUAAUAGUGGUGGCGUGAAAUUUUCUUUUCUACGUAGCGAUUUCAUUAAAAUUACAAAAUAUCUCAUACCAAUCCAAGCACAGAAAAACCAAAUUAGUCUAGGAGCUGCAUCUAAGGCUACUGAAGGUUCCUGUACUUCAUCUUUCUAUUGACAUAGGUACUAUACGAUUAAGUGCCAAAUCCAUACACCCACCCAACUAUAUAAUUUGGUUAUGAAACAGCUGCUUCAUAGAAUAUCCAUUCACGCCACCACUAUUAUCUAAUGAUUGCCGCAAUCCGUGUCGGUAUAUAACUUUAUACAAUUUCAUUUUUAACUAUAAAUCUGAUUUAUAUUAUUUUCAAUCGCUAUGUCCAAUUAUUUAAUCUUUAUUAAAAUAUUAUUUUUAAAUGUUUACCCCUACUCCUUAUGUACCUUAUGUGUAUUGACUUUUCUACACAGAUACAAUAAUAAAUAUUCUCCUUUCGAAUCUGUUUUUAAAAGUGGGAUGAAUAAAAAUCAAAAUUUAGUAAUAUAUUGUAUUUAUGGUUGUACGGAACAGGGAUAAAAUUUUAAAAAUAUUAUAAAUAAGAUUCUUUCAUAACUGUAAAAACUGAGAUUAAUUUUACUCAAAAUCUUCGUGUAGAUAAUCGGUAGUGUACUUACGUAUUUAAAAUACAGGUCAUGAUUAGAGAUCCGAGUGCUUUGCCAACUGAACUGGGAAUACGUGUGUCUAAAGGUACCAGCGGUUACAUAAGAAUAUGGGGCGAUAAGGUGUUGCCGACAAGACGUCUCGUGCGCGUCAAACCCGAAAAGAGACACUGUUUGUAUCCCGACGAAAAGAAAUACUUGGGCCGAGGCUAUUUGCGAUCGAAUUGUCUGUUCAAUUGUUACGAACGGUUUAUGUACCACGAUUGCGGCUGUGUACCGAGUUUCAAUUAUUUUCUCUACAAAGCGGGUUGGUAAAAAAAAAAAAAAAAAACUAUAAAAACAACGGCAAUAUUCGAACGGAAACAACAAUCACGUCAUAAUGAUAAUAUAAUAUUUUUGUUAACAGAUUUUCCUUAUCCCGAGUGCAAUCUAGAAGGACUCGUAUGCUUAGCCGACCAUUCGAGUAAUUUUCUUUAACAUAAUUAUUGCUAUUUUAGUAUUUUUACACUUUGGUUUUUUUUUUUUUUUUUUAAUAUUAAAGGUCUAUACUUAAAACGUGAAUUAAUAAGUAGGUACGGUGAAAACGGAGUUCGUGUACACGUGAAUAAAACUAAAACACGUGAACAGAAAUCUGUGAAAUUCGUGAAUAUACGUGUACACGGUUUUAUGAAUUUAAAUGCAAAUUUCACAUGAACCCGUGAACAGAUAAUCCUUAUUUACUUUGUUUAGCCUUCCACCGUGACCCCCAUAGAAAUACCCGGGGUACGCUUGCACCGUAUGCAAUUAAAAAACAUUAAAUAAUAUUAUAAUUAUUUUUGUAUCGCGUUUUUCAUACUCUUAAGUUAAAAUAUAUUAUGACUGAAAUCGAUUGCAUACCUAUUUUAUUGAAAUAAAAGUUAUAUAUUAUAUAUGUGGACAUAUCCAAAAGAACCGGAGGAAUAAUUUAUGCCUGUUAUAUUAUAAAUAAUUUAUCGUAAUAUUAGUUGUGUGGCGUCUGCUACAGCAACCUUUCAGAAUUUGAAAUAUUAAUUGACGCGCCGCGAGAACAAUCGAUACCUACCUAUAUUUUUAUACUUCGAACGCCUUGUUUUGGCUUAUGUCACGGUCUUCGCAGUAAUAAUAAUAAUAAUAAUAUUAAAUAAUAUAAAUCGAUCAUUCGGUGAAUGCUGAUGAUAAUAUCGUAUUCGAGGUCGUGAUAAUUUUGGGGGGGCACGAGACUUUAUUUUAAUUUAUUUUUUAUUAAACGCGAAUGUAAAAAUAAUAAUACGUAACUUGAUUAAAGCAAAACAAAACAAAUAAAUUGAAUAACGCUAUACGAUAUUUUGUCGAAAAUCGUAAUUUGCCUUUAACCAAUUGUUACUAUGUCAUGUACUACACAUUAAUAAACUUACGAUUACGCGGUAAUCGAACUUUGGAAUCAUAAUUAUUAUGAGGUUUUUUUUAUCCUUUCCGAAAAACUGUCAUAGUUAUAUCAUUAUAAUAGACUGUGAGGCUCCUAUAGUUUCACACUCUGAAAAAAAAAACUAAACAUUUACUUGUUUUCAUUUACAUACUUAUGGAGUUGGCGAACACUUAUGAUGGUGUUAAUGGUUUUAGCGAAUCUAAUAAACAUCAACGACCGUGACAAAAACUUAUCGUCGGACCUUAGAUGCCAAUGCCCUGACGACUGUCACAGCCAAAAAUACAAAUCAAACAUAAUCGUGGCAAAUGAAACGUGAGUAUACCGCGGUGUAUUAUAAUACCUAUAUUAUUAGCCUAUACAGGCUGUCCCACGAAGAUCUCCGGAAAUAUUCAAAGUGUAUAUAUUCGUGGGACAGUCUAUAUACACCAGCAAUUUGAAAAUUAUUUAUCGUUUUCAGGACGAGCGCCGACCAAAUUGUCGUAGAUGUAUUUUUUCAAACGUCUACGUGUUUUCUGUACGAAACGGAUAUCGUAUUUGACUUUAUGAACGCUUUAGGUGACGUUUUAAAUGACAUACCCGCGUAA